AGAAAAGGAAGCACACGACGUGCCGCGGGGCGUUUGGCCCUCAGCUGAGGACCGUGAAGAAGGAUUCCAGAGUUUGUUAUCCGAGACGUGCAUGCCUGUGACGCGCGAGUUCCCGGGACGGCAGAAGAAGGAGCCACGUGUGCGAGGCUAGCGCGUUACUCGUCCUUGUUUCAGCUGACGUCAAUCGUCCGGUGAAGGUCCCCGAGGAGCUAUCGGAGAGCAGCUUCUCCUCCCUGUUGGUGAUUAUCGGAGCACCAUGUCUGAGCCAGGGAAGGUUGGCGAGAUCCUCCCACCUGUCGAGCAGCCGCCUGAGGCCGCUGGGCACCCCACUGAGUCGACGGAGCACCCUCUGUCUCAACCCCCUGCUGCAGCAGCAGCAGAACCCGCCAUCGCCCACCCUCCCGCAGACAGCAUCGCAGCUCAAGAGCAGGCAGAGCGGGAAGAGGCCAAGCAGGAGGAUGCGGCCAUGGCUGAGGAGCCACCUGAGGCUGCCGGCCAGGAGACCGUCCCACCCACGGCACCUGUCCCUCAGCCCAGCGAGGAGCAGUCGACGGGCAGUGUGCAGCAGGCAGUACCAGCUGCAGAGGGAGGGGGAGACAUGGAGGUCGGCGAGGCCGGAGCGGCUGCCGAUGAGACCAUGGAGGAUGCGGGAGGUGGCGACGCGUCAGCCACCGACGACGCCAAGAAGGCCUCGACCGAGGAUCACGAGGAGGAGGGCGAGGAGACCUCCUCUCCCACUGCGAAGCCCGGCAAGAUGACCACUCGACGACAGAGCAAGCUUGCCGCCGGUGGAGAGGACACCGAGAGCGGGGCCCAAGCGGCUGCCGAGGGCGAGGGGGAGGAGGGCGAGCACGACCACGACGAGGAGGACGAGGGCGAUGACGACGAGGAGAAGGUCCGCAAGCCCAAGAGGCCCAAGCGCACCGGGGAAGAGACCACCCGAGGCGGCCGGCGCAAGAUGCGAGGCGGCAAGCGCAGGGGCGGCCGGGGCGGCAAGAGGGGCAGUGCCGACGUAGUCUACCCCGUGGCCCCGGCGCUCCUGUACCCUCCUCUCCCCCUGCCGCCGCCCGUUGAGUUGCGCUGGGCUCAGUGCAGCAAGUGCUCCAAGUGGCGGUCGCUGCCCGGCAUCAGCGACGAGGACUGGAUCAAGGUGGAGGCAGACAACGAGUGGUCAUGCGAGCUCAACCUGUGGACCACCGACAGGAACACCUGCGACGCCGACGAGGAGGAGGAGAAGGCCCCUCCCGCACCGGCAGCAGACAUCAACGCCCUCGCUGCGGCGUUUGGUGCCGGGGCCGCCGGCCCGCUUCCCUCUCUCCCCAUCGGCGCGACCCCCGCAGCACCCCCUGCAGCUGGCCAACAGGGUGGGGUAGUGGUCCAGACAGAGGCGCCAGUGGUCAGGGCGUCGGGCAAGGCCAAGGCAAGUGCCAAGAGGGGGGCUCAUGUGCGCAUUGGGGGGGGUGGCGCGGGCCGGGGAGCUGGCGUGCGGCCGCCUGUGGCUGGUGGUGAGGGAGUGCCUGUGGUGUCUGAGGGGGCGUGGAACUGGGUGGAGUGCGAUGAGUGUCACGAGUGGCGUGCGCUGCCGUUGAACAUGCCCGCGCCGAGUGAGGACGAGCGCUGGAGCUGCAUCAUGUACCUGCACCCCCACUACUGGACGUCGCUGCGCGACAAGCCCCCCAUGCCCCCCAGCAACCAGCCGGCCACCUACUACAACUCUUGCAAAGACCUCGGUACGUACAACAGCACAGUCUACACAGCUGAUGGGUGUGGAUAUAUGUCCACGUCUAUCUAUCGCUGUGUGUGGCCUUGUCUCUGUGUGUAUUGUAUUGUAUCCUUCAUUCAUUCAGAUGAGUGUCCGCACUACCAGAACGUUCACAAGAUCGCAAACGAGGCCGAGGAGUACGCCAAGGCCGUCGCCAGCGGCGCCAUCCCACCCCCACUGCCACCGGCAUUCCCCGCCCGCCAGCAGGGCAAGAAGACACCCAAGCAUGCCACCGCGGCCACCACGUCGCCCACAUCACGGCACCGCAGCGGCCCCCGACGUCAAGCCACCGACAAGGGCGGCUCCGAGCUGGCCGAGGGUGGCCAUGGGGCGUCCCGCAAACGGUCACUGCGGGAUGGUCGCCGUCGCCGCAGCGACGAGGAGGGGGAGAACGGCGUCGACAUGGAUGACGAGCAGGAUGAGGACACCGACGACAUGGCCAGCGGCCGCCACCACUCGAAGACAAACAACCAGGCCGAGAAGCUCGCCGACAUGUUUGCGGGAGAGGACGGCAAACGCACCAGGGGUGGCGGCGCGCGCGACCCACUCGGCCGAUUCGCAGAGGGCAGCGGCAGGCGAGAUCGAGAUCGAGAUCGGGACCGAGACAGGGACGACAGCGGGGGCGACACUGCCACACCCAAGGGCGCCGCCACUGGCAGAGGUGUCCGUGCGGCGGCCAUGCAGCGCCGCGCCAGGCGCGAGGCACGACACUACGCCGACACGGACGGCGGUGGUGAUGACGAGAAGGACAUGGACGAGAAGCCGCCAGCGCAUCACCACCACACGGGCGGGGGUCGUGGUGGCCGACGUGGGCGGGGGAGGGGCGGCAGGGGUGGAGGGGCGGCUGCCGCUGCUGCGGCGGCACAAGCUGCAGUGGUUGGUCCUGGAGGGGUGCAAGUGCUGCCCCCUGGCAUGAUGUACGUGCCCAUCGAAGAAAUCACCGACUGGAUGGCGGUCAGCGGACGAGACGAGCGAGCCAUUGAGUGAAUCACCUGGACGUCUGUGCACGCCUGCCUGUCUGCCUGUCUGCCUGUCUGCCUGUCUGCCUGUCUGUCUGUCUGUAUGUCUGUGUGUUGAUCAGUGCGAGAAGUGCAAUAAGUGGCGGAAGGUGCCCAAAGACAUCGUGACCAAGUACAAGAACAAGUCGUUCUACUGCGAGCACAACCCAAACCCCAAUUUCAACACCUGCGACGUCCCGCAGGAGGCAGACCAAGGCGCCAUCCCCCUCGCAGCCAACGGCAUCGGCGUCCUACCGGCGGCAUUCCCACCUCAGGCAAACCAGCAGGGCCAGGGAGCGGGCGGGGGAGCCGCAGCAGCUGCUGCGGCUUGUGCGGGCGGGGCGUCUGCUGGCAUGGAAAUGCCUUCGCAGGGAGGGGCUGCGGGUGGUGGUGGCUGUGGCGUCGACGCGAUGGCGCUCAAUGGGUCUGGUGCUGGCGAUGGUGGCGGCGGGCAGGUCAUAACACAGACCAUGGGCGCGCUGCCUGCCGUCAUACCCGGCUCACAGAAGGUGAGGAUUGACCUGCAUAGACAGACGGGCACGGAUGGAUGGACAAGAGGGAUAAUGGGUCGUCUGCGUGUGUGUGUGUGUGUGUGCUUCAUUCAGAUGGUUGGUCCUGCGUUUCCUGUCCCUGGUCUGAUCCAUCCGCCUCGCAUGCUGCGGGGUCGAGUCAUCCUGGUCGGCGACGACGGUACGAACGACCUGACCUAACGAAGCCAGCACCACACACAACACACCCACACCCACACACAUCCACACACACACACACAGACAGGGCCCCAUUGCUCUCUCUCCUCUUUGUGUGCCAUGUUCUGCAGCGUGGAAGGGCCACAUGACCGCCUCGCGCGACAGCCAAGACCGCCUCCACGUCACCAUCGACAACCCCCCAGCCGGCGGCGGCAAGCAGCCAGUCGCCAACACGCAGGCCGCACAGCGGGGCGGCAUCAACACCCUCAACCCCCCCCCCAUCUACCCACCCGCAGCGGACAUCAUGGGCCAGUUUGUCCCCCUCCCGGCCCCCAAUGCCUCCGUCAAGGGCACCAUUGCGCUGUUCCAGUUGCCCACCGAGGAGGAGUGGGAGAAGAAGGACCUCCGCGAGGGCAAGAAGGCAAAGGCCAAGGCCAAGGGCAAGGCGGCGGCGAGCGAGCAGCAGGGCGCAGCCGUGGUCAAGGACGAAAAGGAGAAGGAUGAGGAUGACCAGAAAAUGGAAGACGGUGAGCGACGAUUGACGAGUGUCAUCAGACACGUGAAUGGACCCAUGUACGUCUGUGUGUGUGUGUGUGUGUGUAGGUGGUGAACGUGCCGCUGGGGACCAGGAGGAUCAGGGCGGCGACGGUGGUGAUGGUGAUGGCGAUGGCGACCAGGAGAUGCCCGACACCACUCUGGAGGAGGAGAGGAAGCUGCAGGACGAGUUCUUCAGCCUUUGCCCGCACCGAACCAGACAGGCAGGCACACACACACACAAACAUACACACCGACGGCAGACAGCGACCUCUCUCUGCUGUCUGUCUCUCGUCCAUGUGUCUUGUCAGAUGGUCAAGCUGGAGGCCCAGCGCCGCAAGGGCAUCAAUCCAACCGAGAAGUUCAACCAGUUCUGCACCGAGCGCGACAAGGCCAAUGGCGACGAGGACGGCCGCAAGAAGAGGGCCAAGAAAGCCGCACUGCGCUCCAAGUCCAAGGAGCAAGACAGCCUGCUCGAAGGCCCCCGCAUGCGCGUGACGAGAGGCGUCAGACCCAAGCUGCCCCCCGAGCUCUUCGCCAGCAGCAAGGGCGGCUCCCCCAGCCCCUCACCCAAGCCGCGCAAGCUCAGCAAGGGCCAGCCAGGCCUCGUGUACAGCCGGUCCAACUCCAACCUCUCCACAUUCCUGCAAGACGGCGCCUACGGCCUCUCGGGCCCACUCCCGUCAUCGGUCAACGGCAUCCCCGGUGUCACACCACGUGGGGGCGGUCGAGGCGGUCGUGGCGGACGGGGAAGGGGCAGGGGCGGACAGAGGGGCGGGGGGGCGCUGUCUGGUGGAGUGCCUCCUGCGUUGCGAUCCUUGCGGUCGGGCGAGUCUCUUGCUUCAGAGGGCGGCCGAUCGAGGGGCCGUGGGCGGCGUGGUGGGCGCGGCAAGCGUGAUGAAGAUGAGGUGUCUUUCCGCAUUUCGUCUCGCAAGCGCAAGGCCCAGGAGGAGGAGGAUGAAGACGAAGACGAGCAGGACGAGGGAGACGACAAUGACAAUGACAACGACACCGGCGAGGAGGCCCCACCACCCCCACCACCCGCAGACAAGAAGGCAGAUGAGGACGUGCCCAUGCGCCAGCCCCCGCCGCCCGCCAUCGGCACGUCCGACGAUGAGGACAAUCUGCCGCUGAGCAGCAAGAAGAAGACUCCCCUGGCCACACCCAAGGACGGCAAGGCCCCCCAGCCAUGGCCCACUGAGGCGCAGGGCAAGACCAAUGCGCCACAGCCGAUGGACACGGACGACGCGCAGGGGGCUGGCGACCAAGCAAUGGACAGCACCGAUCCUGCGGGUGGUGGUGCUGCUGGUGGUGAUGGUGGCGGUGCUUUGGGCGGUGCGGCAGCCGAAGCAGCAGAGGAGGAGAAGUGAGUGAUAUCGG